UUAUAAUAUGAGUGUAUAUAUAUACAUCUGCAGACACAAAUAUCUGGUUAUUAUUAUACACAGAAUCGGAUCAAAAUAUUUAGGAUGUGUGUCCAAAGCUGUUUCGUUGGAGCCUUGAAUCUGCUGGUGGUAAUAUCUAGAGGGCAAUUCUUGAACUGGAGGGAAAGAGAGAGAGGGAGGGAAUCAAUGGAGUUUUACACAUACCCAUCUCAUCCUCGGCCUUCAUCUUCAACUUUUUCUUCGUUUUCAUUUGAGAACCUGGUUGACAAGGCCAAAGAAUUCUUCACCUUUGCUAUCUCUUCUUUCAUUGGCAAUGUCUUUUCUGCCAUCUUUACCUUCUUCUUCGCCUUAGUGGGUACCUUAUUAGGAGCAAUGACUGGAGCUUUGAUUGGCCAAGAGACCGAGAGUGGGUUCAUAAGAGGGGCUGCAGUAGGUGCUAUCUCCGGGGCUGUUUUCUCUCUAGAGGUCUUUGAGUCAUCUCUGCUGUUGUGGCAGUCAGAUGAAUCUGGAAUUGGGUGUCUCCUUUACUUGAUUGAUGUGAUUGCAAGCCUUUUGAGUGGUAGACUUGUUCGUGAGCGUAUUGGUCCGGCAAUGCUAAGUGCGGUGCAAAGUCAGAUGGGAGCCAUUGAAACUGCAUAUGACGAGGCAUCUAACAUUUUUGACCUAGGCGGUUCGAAGGGUUUACCAGGAGAUUCGGUCGAAAGGAUUCCCAAAAUAGUAAUAACUAGUGAUAACAACAUUGAUGCUUCUGGGGAGAGAGUCUCGUGUUCAGUGUGCCUACAGGACUUUCAGCUCGGUGAGACGAUCAGAAGUUUGCCGCAGUGCCAUCACAUGUUUCACCUACCGUGCAUUGAUACAUGGCUGUUGAGGCAUGGCUCCUGUCCAUUAUGCAGAAGGGAUCUGUAGAAUAGUGCCCCAAGCCCUGUAAAUUAUAUAGUAAGGUUCUUAACUAUCGUCAUCUGCCAUGCUUUUAUUUGCAUACCAAUUUUCCAAGAAGCCUAUGUAAUUACUCCCCGGUUUGUGCUUGUUUUAGUUCUUUCGUUGUACUCGACUUAUCACCUUGUAAAGAAAACGUUUUGGCCUCAGGAUAGUCUUCAAUUCUUUACCAUUAUGUUUUGUUGCAUUCAAGCUUGUUUCUAAUGUGAAAGUAAGUGCUGGACGCUUUAUAGGGAAAAAUACUUGAGCUUCAG